AUGCUGGGGAGGACCUGGUCGAAGACCCGGGCGUUGCAGGGGUCGCGCUGCAAGCUGAGCAGUUGUCGGGCGGGGAGACAAGAGAAGAACCUGGCGAUGGGGUGGUCCACCAGCGGCAGUACCCCCGAGUGGCAGGCCAUCACGGUGGACAAGCCUAAGCCGGGCCCGCAGGGGUCUCUGCGCGGCACCCAGGCCGAGACGCGCCACUCUCUGGUGAAGGUGUGGGCCCGCAAACACUCCGGGCUGCUCUUGUUCGGCGUCUGGGUCCUGCUGCUGCUGCUGUACUACUACUACCUGAGUGCCAACUUUUCUUAAGGGUUCUCGAAUUCUGUGUCUCCAAGUGAAUAUAUUCUGUGGAGCAAUGAAAAUGCUAAUGGACAACCUCUGGAAGAACCUGCUGCCUGGGAAGCUCUGUUAAGUUUUUUCUUUCCAACAACAUGCAUUCCAAAGGAGAAUCAGGUGGUAAAGCCUUGCAAUCACCUGCAAAAUCUUAGCAAAAGUCAAUGUUUGGGAUACAAGUGCUGUUAUUCGUCAUCUAGGACCAGUGACUUCAACUGUUUUGCCCCGCUAAAAGACAAGCCUACGCAGAUGUUCCGGAUGUUUGGGCUUGGUGUGAUCAGCAUGAUCAUCCUGGGAUGUCUGCCCAUUUAUUGCUGCUUGUUUUGCCGGAGGAGCACAUGGGCCAAUCCUUUACGAAGGAAAGUCAACAUAAUUUUAAAGGGUUUGAAGAACCGAAGAAGGAAACUAAAGAGGAAUGCUGAAACGUUAGGGAAAGCAACGGAUGAGGAAGGAUUAGGUGAUGAAAAGGAGCAGGAGACCAAAGCAUUAUUUUCCUAUUGAGAAGGACACGUCUUUCAGAGCAGAAGAGACUGUCCUAGUCAUCCAAACCUGAUGGAGUGUUUUAGAAGGA